UCUAAUUUCAAAUUCUUUCCUUUUAGAGAUAGAUCUCAUCAAAGCGGAAGAAAAAGAGGGGUUUUUCCUUUUGACGAUCGGAGGCCCUCUUUCCCUAAUCUCUCACAAUUCCUCUCGCCCAUUUUCCACCGAGCAGCCGAUAGUCGAUUUCUACUAUUUCGUCUAUUCAUCCAUCGAAGAUCCACCCCACCUCACAGGUCAAUGGAAAGUAUAAAUUUCUUCAAAUCAUGCACACCACGUGAGGUGGAGGACACGUCUCAAUCACAACCUCAUAUAGACAUUGAAUCAGAAAAUGAUAUAAAUGAAUUAAGAAUCUCUAAUAUAUAUACGAGUGAUUCAGACAUAGAUGAAAAUGCAUCUAAUUUGAAAAUUGGUAAUGAAUUUGAAACAGAAAAAGAUGCAUAUAAGUUUUACAAUAGUUAUGGACGGAAAGUCGGUUUUAGUGUUCAGAUUGAUAUUAGAACUAUAGACCGUAAGACGAGUGUAGUGAAAAUGAGAAAGUUCGUCUGCUCUAGAGAAGGUAAACGACCAUCUGAUAAAUGUGACGUAAAUGUGAAGCAACACCGCGAUGAAACAAGAAUAGGUUGUAAGGCAUACAUGACAAUUAGGUUGGGAGUUAACGGUAAAUAUCAAAUUACCAAUUUUAAUAGUGAUCAUAAUCAUAUACUUGCAUCUCCAGAAGAAUCACAUUUACUAAGAUCACAACGAAAACUUUCUGUAGCUCAAGUAAUGGUAGCUGAUGACUGCGACAGAUCUGGUAUAAAGCCAAAAGCAACAUUCGAUUUAAUGAGCUGACAAGCUGGUGGUCGACAAUAUGUUGGACAUAAUAUGGUAGACUUCAAGAAUUACUUACGGACAAAAAGGAUGAAUGCAAUGAACCAAUUCGAUGCUGAGAAUCUACUGCAAUUUUUCAAAACAAAGCAAGUUGAAGAUCCAAAGUUCUUUUACUCUAUUCAAAUUGAUUCUGAAGAUCGUAUUACUAAUAUUUUUUGGGCAGAUGGAAGAAUGAUUUUAGAUUACGAUCGUUUUGGAGAUGUGAUUUGUUUUGACACGACAUAUAGAACAAAUGAGUAUGGACGACCAUUUGCACCAUUUCUUGGUGUUAAUCAUCAUAGACAAACAAUUUUUUUUGGGGCUGCACUUCUAUAUGAUGAAACCAUUGAUUCUUUCAGAUGGUUGUUUAAAACUUUUUGUGAUGUAAUGUUUGGAAAAAUGCCUCAAACCAUUCUAACAGAUCAGGAUGAGGCGAUGUCAAGUGCGAUUAAAACGGAAUUAAGAAGAACAGUUCACCGUAUUUGUGUUUGGCAUAUGUUUCAAAAUGCGUGCAAACACCUAAGUCAUUUAUUUAAUUCUUCUGAAUCUUUUGGCAAAGAUUUUAGUAGAUGUGUUUAUGGUUUUGAUGAUGAAGGUGAAUUCCACCAUGCAUGGGAAACAAUGAUUCAGAAAUAUGAUCUUACAAAUAAUACAUGGUUGUAGCAAUUAUUCAAUGAAAAAGAAAAGUGGGCAUUAGUGUAUGGAAAAAAAGUAUUUUGUGCUGAUAUGAAAAGCACACAACGUUGCGAAAGUUUGAACAAGGAUUUGAAAAGAUACUUACAUCCAGGGAAAAAUAUUCUCAGAUUUCUUGAACACUUCGAACGAUUGGUGGAUGAUAGAACGAACGCCGGAUUAGAAGCAAAUUUCAAAAUGACUCAAAGUUCACCAACUGUGACGUUUCCUAUUAAUAUCUUGGAGCAUGCAGCUAGUGUCUACACAACAACCAUUUUUAAAUUAUUCCAGUCUGAGUAUACCAACAGUCUUGGUCAAACUGUUGAAAAAUUAGAAGAGUCUGGGAUGGUGAUUAAAUACCAAGUACGUGAAAGUAAAAAUCAUAGAUUCCACAUCGUUACCGUGAACUCAACGGAUGAGUUUUUUGAAUGCAGUUGCAGAAAGUUUGAAUUUAUGGGUAUUUUAUGUUCUCAUAUAUUAAAAGCAACAAAUCAUACCCUCACAAGACUGCCACCGAAAUACAUCCUAAAGAGGUGGACCAUAGAAGCUGCUUCAUAUUCCUUUCCGUCGGUUAAUAGAGAUUGUGGCUUGGAUGGAGACUCUAAGAAACUACGUUCUUAUCGUUAUAAUAGCUUGAUUUCCAACUUUGUUAAGUUGUCAUCAAUGGGUUGUGAAAGUGAAGAGUCAUUUCAAUGUGCUACUAAAUAUUCUGAGUUGAUGCAUCAAGAAAUGCAAAAAAUAUUUAAAGAAAAAGCAAAAUUAAAAGGAAUAUCUUCCAUUGAAGAUUGUUGCAAUAAUAACGAGAGUUAUAGAGAGGAUGAUUGUGUAAUUGAAAAUGUUGACAAUGCACAGUUGAAAGACAAAAUCAUUGAGAUAAAAAAAGAAGCUCACGAAACAAGAAUGAGGAAUCUCAAUGACUUUAACAAAGAAGAUCGUGUAAUUAAAAGAAAAGGAGCUGAAAUUGAUGAAGGUAAAGAAGAAGCUUAUAAAAUCAAGAGAAAAGAGCAAUGUCGUGGUAGACGUAGAUUUAAGAAUUGUUUAGAAAAGGCAAAAACAUAGAAACGCCAAAAGAAAUUGCAGAAAAGUGAACCAAUGCUAUACCCUACUAAUGAAGAUCUCAGAGAUGCGUCAGAUCCAAUCCAUUAUCAUACAUGUAUCACAAAGGGAUACAAUGGUGUUUGUUUGGAUCCCGUGACUAUGUACUUUCAAUCAGCGUUAUCUCAUUCCGUCAUUCAACCACAUCAAUCCGUGCAGGACCAUCUCCAACCCUCGAUUCACUUUCCUAAUAAUUUAAGUUUCACUCAAUUACUUAAGAAUGCUACAAAUUACGCAGCAUUCCAACAUCCUGUGGCAGGUUGUAGUAGUAGUUCAAUAAUUGGAAGAGAAGGACAACAACCAUAAAGGUUUUGUACUAUUAUGUAAUGAUGAUGGUUGUUAGAGAGGAAUAAAAACCAUAAAGCUUUUGUGGGUUUUGCCUCUUGUUGGGCUGGUGAUGAUGAGAUGGGCUUCUGGUUUUUGAAGAGUUGAAUAUGAUUGAGAUUU